AUGUUUGAUGUUAAGUUUUCAUUUUUACCAGUUAAUCGUUUCCCAUUACAUUUGACACUUAGAGACCAAGAGACAUGCGAUACACUUCAUUAUGGUGGUCAUAGUAUAUGUAAAGAAUAUUUGAAUUCACCAGGCCGAUCUUAUUGUCAAUGCAAUAAUGGUUGGUACGAUCAACAUUGUAAUGAAACAAAUAAAUGUUUACAGUUAAAAUGCAUGUGGAAAUGUAUUGGUUGUCACCCUGUGGAUCCGGCACCGAUUUGUGUCUGUCCACUGGGUCGUAUUGAUAAUGAUUGUCAUGUAAAAUUUGAUCCAUGUAUAACCAUUCAUUGCUACAAUGGAGGAACAUGUGUGCCAUUAGAUGAACGAUCAGUUAAAAAAUUUAUCUGUGUAUGUGUUGCUGGUUUGUAUGGUCUUAGUUGUGAAUCUCGUGCAGCAGAAGUUAGUACGAGUUUUUCAAGUGACUUGAUUGAAAAUAAAAGACGCUCAAUACCUUGUAAAGAUGAAAGUGUGAAAUGGGCAAAACGUGUAAUCUUUGUUCUUGUCGCCAUUGUUUGUGCCAGUUGGUGGCAUGAACCAUUUAUUCGACAAGUGACCGAUGAUCCACGUAUAACAGCACACACAUGGUGUAUCGUUAAUUCUCAUGGACUUGGGUAG